AUGUAAUAAACAGGAGGACAUUAAGACAUCUUAGGAGCUCUAUUAAAUGACUCAUAUAAAUUAGUAAUGACUUAUUCUUUUUUCUAAAACAAAAUGGAAAAUGAUUAGACAGCUUUUGAAUUAAUAUUUAGGAAAUGUCCAUUUGGAGGCCAAUAUGUCAUCUUUGCUGGUUUAAAUGAAGUUGUACGUUAUAUUAAGAAUUUCAAAUUUACAGAUGAAGAAAUUGAAUAUGUGAAAAAGAAGUAUGUAUAAAGAUAUGAUAAUUUUUUAAAAGUAUUUUGCCAUCAGAUGCUAACCCGAAAUUUUUUGAAUAUCUUAAGAAUUUAGAUUCUUCUUAAAUUAUAAUUAGAGCAAUGCCUGAAGGAUCAAUUUGUUUUCCUAAAGAACCUUUAAUUAGUAUAGAAGGACCACAAGGUAUAUGUUAACUCAUAGAAACAGCAGUCAGUAUUAAAGAUUAAUAAAUUUUUAGUUAAUUUGGUUUCAUUUCCAUCUUUAAUAGCUACAAAUGCAAGUAGAAUGAGAUAAUUGGCAGGUUAAGCACAUUUACUAGAAUUUGGAUUAAGAAGAGCAUAGGGACCUGAUGGAGGUAUGAGUGCAACUCAAUAUUCAUUUUUGGGUGGAUUUGAUGGUACAAGUAAUAUGAUGGCUGGAUUAAAAUUGGGAAUACCAGUAUCAGGUACAAUAGCACAUUCAUUUGUAACAUCCUUUUCUGAAUUGAAUGAUGUUGAAUCUGCAGAAUUAAAUGGUAUAAAUAUAAAGUUGAGAGCAAUUGAAUAUCAUAAGAAAAUGGGAGUUAAAACAAAUUAAGGUGAAUUAGCAUCAUUUAUAGCUUAUGCUUAAUCUUGUUCAAAUAAUUUCUUAUGUUUGGUGGACACUUAUCAUACAUUAAAAUCUGGAGUUCCAAAUUUUUUGGCUGUAGCAUUUGCUUUAGAUGAUGCUGGAAUAAAAGCUAAAGGAAUUCGUUUAGAUUCUGGAGACUUAGCAUAAUUAUCAAUGUAAUUUAAAUAUAAUAAAUAAUUAGAUAAGCAAAAGAAUUAUUUAAAUAAUAUGGAGAUUAAUUUUAGAAAGAUAUUAGUCAUCUUAAAGUAGCUGCAUCAAAUGAUAUUAAUGAAGAAGCACUUAUAUAAUUUAAUAAGAAAGGACAUAAAAUAGAUAUAUUUGGAAUAGGAACUCAUUUAGUGACAUGUUAAAAAUAGCCUGCAUUAGGUCUUGUUUAUAAAUUAGUAGAAUGUAAAAAUUAGAUUGUAAUGAAAUUGUCUGAAGAAUAUGAUAAAACUACUUUUCCAGGUUAAAAGAAUGUAUAUAGGGUUUAUACAAAAAGUGAUUAAUGUGUAGAUAUUAUCACAUCAAUAAAUUAUUUACCAGAGAAUAAUGAAUUUAAAUGCAUUGAUCACAUAAGCAAAUAGCGUUAUCACAUAAAACCAACUUUUAUUGAAAAUUUAUUAUAAACUGUUGAUUAUGAUUAUGUUCCUGAUUUGAUGACAGCUAAAAAAUAUUGUACAAAAUAAAUGAAAGAGUUUAAUACUAAAGUAACAAGACUUGAUAAUCCAUAAAAACAUUUAGUUUUGAUGUCAAUAGAGUAUUAUAAAAUGUUCUAAUCUAAAUAUGAUGAAAUUGCUAUUGAGGAAGUUAUUGAAUGA